GCGCUCGCCCCAACCCCAGACGCCAUUGCCCACGCCCCCAUGGACGGCGGCGGCGCCGGAGCGGCCUACACCGCGCGCACGGCGGAGGAGGUCUUCCGCGACCUCCGCGGCCGCCGCGCCGGCAUGAUCAGGGCCCUCACCGACGAUGUGGACAAGUUUUUCAAGCUCUGCGACCCCGAAAAGGAGAACUUGUGCCUUUAUGGAUAUCCCAAUGAGACAUGGGAAGUCACCUUGCCAGCUGAGGAAGUACCCCCAGAGAUCCCUGAACCAGCAUUAGGAAUCAACUUUGCUAGGGAUGGAAUGAAUGAGAAGGAUUGGUUGGCGCUAGUUGCAGUUCACAGUGAUUCCUGGUUACUGUCUGUAGCUUUCUACUUUGGAGCCCGCUUUGGGUUUGACAAAGAAACUAGGAGGCGACUCUUCAACAUGAUAAACAACUUGCCCACUAUAUAUGAGGUGGUGACAGGAGCUGCCAAGAGACAGUCCAAGGAGAAGACACCCAACACCAACAGUAGUAGCAAGAGCAAUAAGCCUAGUUCGAAAGUGCAGUCGAGGGCCGAGCCUCGUGCGAAGGCUAAGCUGUCAGCCCCCAAGGAUGAGGACGAGGAUAGCGGCGAUGACGGCGGUGAUGACGAGGAAGAAGAGCACGACAACACCCUGUGCGGAACCUGUGGGACCAACGAUGGCAAGGACGAGUUCUGGAUCUGCUGUGACAACUGCGAGAAGUGGUACCAUGGGAAGUGCGUCAAGAUCACCCCCGCCCGGGCGGAGCAUAUCAAGCAGUACCGGUGCCCAGACUGCGGCAACGGCAACAGCAACAAGAGGAUCAAGACAUGAGCAGCGACAAAGUGUCGUCGGAGGGAAGUUGCUCGCUGCAAGGAAAAAACCAUGUGCGUCAAGAGCGUCAAGGUCUCUAGAUAUCAUCAUUAUUUAUGGCUUAGUUUCCAACUAGUCUGUAAGCGUGUGUUUUCUAUUUAAGAAACUUGAGAUUUUCGUGUGUUGUUGACAUCAGCCUGUAAACUGUCUGGCUCAGGGUACUGCCAACUGACCAUUUCUUCAUUAUUCGUGGAUUAUCUAGUUCA